UACACUUUGCUUCAUCGAGCAUAAGAAAAGACAGGAAUUUCUUUUUAUUGGUGAAGAGGAAUUAACUUUGAUUCUAUUGAUAUUUUCGAGUUCUAUAGAGGGAUAUGAUGAAACUAUUAACUAGCCUUUACUGUUUAUUAUACUAAAAUUACCAUGCAAAAUGGAAAUGUUUACUUCAAAAAGUGUUCUUUACUUCCCUUGGUAGCAAUGGCAUGUUCUGCAGCAAUACUUUUUCCCUUUCAUUGAAUCACAAGAAAGUAUUCAAAAAUUAAUCCAGAUAAAAUAAUUUGCCCAUAAUCUCAGAGGCAAAAAGGGGCCAGUCAGGAUAACAUUAUUUAUUAUGAAGUAUGGGCAUAUUUCCUGCUCCUAUCCUACCAUUAUCACUGACCGAAAGAAAGACCAAAGGAAUAGAGAAAUAAGCCUCCUUCACCUUCCAUGGCUUCCGUUGCCAUUUCUGCCUCAUUGCAAAGAGCUUGCAGUUCAAAUCAUGUCACCAAGAAACAACAGCCUCAAGCAAGACCUGCACGCCCUCUCGGGACAAAGCAGGUAACCCAUGUCGUUACUCUAAAUGUUGAAGGCCAAAAAGGUUUAAGCAUAUCUGAACAACAAGAGAAGCCUCCUUUAGACGCUAAUGGUUCAAAGAGAGCUGAUGAUAAAUCAGAUCAUGGUCCUGAAGCAGAAUCCUCUACUCCGACAUUUAUUGACGAGCGCUGGCAGAUGGGAAAUUGGGAUCUGAAUAUGUUCGUCAAGGAUGGUAAAAUUGAUUGGGAUGGUCUUAUUGAAGCAGAAGCAAAGAGGAGAAAGUUUCUUGAAUUGUAUCCAGAAGCAUCUACUAAUGAAGAACCAGUGCUGUUUAGGAGUUCCAUUAUACCUUGGUGGGUGUGGCUCAAAAGGUCAUAUCUGCCAGAGGCAGAGCUAAUAAAUGGUAGAGCUGCAAUGGUGGGAUUCUUCAUGUCAUAUGUUGUGGAUGCAUUGACAGGGCUUGACAUGGUUGGCCAAGCUGGAAACCUGGUAUGCAAAGCAGGACUUCUUGUGACGGUCAUUAGCAUAAUUCUUCUCAGGCGAACUGAAGAUUUUAAGAACCUGAGGAACUUGGCUGAUGAAGCAACAUUGUAUGACAAGCAAUGGCAAUCAUCAUGGAAAGAUCAAAAUGCAGCGAGCACUAGUGGCUCAGAGAAAACUGGAAACUGAAAAUUUAAGUUACACUGUUUGCAUAUUAUGUAUUAUUUUCCCAAAGAAAGAGUAAACGCACUGCAAGUAUCAUGGAUAUCAAUUUUAAGCUAUUUCUAUUCAAUUUCUUAUUCGAGUGUGUGAUUA